GUGUGUGUAUAUAUAGAAAGAAGCGACGCCAAUGAACAUGACAUCCUGUGCGACUGAUAGAUUCUGUCCGAUUCCACACCGAUAGGCGAUAGCGAAAAAGAUGCCAUCCGGAAAGCUUGAAGUUCUUCUUGUUAGCUCAAAGGGUCUUGAGGACUCUGACUUUCUGUGUAAUAUGGAUCCAUAUGUUAUUGUUACUUGCCGGACCCAGGAGCAAAGUAGCAGUGUUGCAUCAGGCCAAGGAAGUGAACCAGAAUGGAAUGAGACUUUUGUUUUCAGUGUUACUGGUGAUGUUGCAGAGAUCAAUUUGAAGAUCAUUGAUAAAGAUACAUUUUCCAGGGAUGAUUUUAUUGGAGAAGCAACUAUUCCUUUAGAGCCUUUGUUCAUAGAAGGAAGUCUGCCUCCAACUGUGUACAAUGUUGUGAAGGAUCAGAAGUAUUGUGGAGAGAUCAAAGUUGGCCUCACUUUCACUCCUGAGGUUUCUGAUGAGUAGUUCAUGGCCGAAAAGAAGAAAGAAUGUUCUUUUCAAGUGGUGACCUUAUGUUUUUUUGCCAUGGAAAUUUUUAAUUUAUAAAUUUGAUUGUGUGUUGUGAGAUGUAACCUUGAGAUACUCUGCGAAUUUUUGGUUAAUAAUUGUUUUCUGUAAUUUUUUUUCAAAAAUAAUUAUUGCAAUAGUAAUUGGCAUGACUGCUAGAAAUUAGAGACUAUAUAUUCUCUCCAA